AUGACUAACAGGACGACAAUCACAAGACAACUAGCCUCAUCAGAGCCUCAGCGCCGACGCAACUUCGUCGUAAUACGCCUCCCGCAUCUCGUUUACACCACCGUCACUUCCACCCCUUCCGUAGUCAAACACUGGCUUUUCAGAAUCUGCCGCCAUCACGUCUACCGUAUCCACAAAGGCCGCCUAGUGGUCGGUCUAGGCGUCCAAUGGACUCCCGGACAUCGAAAGUCUCCCGCCACCCUCCAACUAUGCGUUGGACACCAAUGUCUCGUAUUCCAACUGCUCCACGCGCCCCACGCGCCGCUCAAACUCCGGCGCUUCCUCUCCAACCCUAACAUCACAUUUGUCGGUGUCUCCAACAAGAAUGAUGGUGCCUUGCUGCGAUGUUCGAAGCAUGAGUUGUGCGUCUCUUCAACGCUUGUUGAUUUGGUGGAUGUGGCAAGUGAGGAGAGAGGUUACAGCAAGAAAAUAUCGAUGGAAAAGUUGGCUGAAUUGGUGGUGGGAAUGGAAGGUGUGAAGAAGGAGGAAUGGGUUGGAAGAAGUGAUUGGGAUGAAUUUUGGCUUAGUGAGCAUCAAGUGGAGUAUGCUUGUCUUGAUGCUUUCGUUUCUUUCUUGAUUGGGAAGGAUCUCAAGGCUUGGAACUGGAUGAAAGUUGAUGAAGAUUGCUCAACUUCAAUCAAGUAAUUAGUUAUGAGUUGAUUUGAUCAUCAUGGA